GUUGAGGAGGAGGGGGUUGGGUGGCUUGAGCCACCCCAAAUCCUCCUACAUAUGUUUGGCAGCGAGUGAAGAGACCCGCCACAGGAGCAGCGCCAUCAGUUCGUCAGUAUAAUCGCGGCACCCACAAGAGGUGGGAUAUUUUUUUUUUGGUUCGUAAGCUCGUGUGUUCUGUUUUUUUUUUUUCGGGACACGAGGUGUGGAUUGCACGGGACGAUAGAAAUCGACCCAAUUACAUGUAGUCGUAUCGAUUGUUUUGCUUGUUCACGAUUCGGAGAUUUAUGAAAGAGUGAUAAGAGUGGGGAAUUUCACGCGUACAUCGAGUGAACGGAACCCUUGGGUAUUUCGUGGAAUUCGAUUGAAGGUGGAAAAAAUUAGGAUUGCAGAGCACAAACGGUGUAGUGUUGGAUAUCGACAGUCGUUUCAAUUACUCGCGCUGUUUUUUGUUUCGAUUAGCAACUUUUCUCUCGGUUACCCAGUAAGCUAGUGGUAAUAGUGAUUUAAUGCCGCUGCCAAGCAGAUGAUGUUGACAGUGACGGAAAAAGUUUACUGAUCGCGAAUUACGACAGUAAACAUCGUGUGAGAGCUGCGUUUAGUUUGGGAAGAGUGAGUGCGAAGAAGACGUAGAAAACUUGGGAGAGAUCUGGAGUACUCUGACUGGAACGGAUCUUGCCAGUUGAGAUGCGUCUGGAGUCGUUAGUAUAGUUUAGUACGAGCCAGCCAAGCGUAGACGCGAUCGGAUUCGUGCGAAAGUGCGCCGCUCAGAUUUUCCCGAAUAAUUGAGAUCAUUCCUAAUCGUUUUGUGAGCGAUAGCUGCUCCGCUCGAUUGAAUAUUCCUUUGCGAUAACUUCCGUCGGCACAUGUUGAACGAGUUGGCGCACGGCUAGCAGACAAAUGGAGAAGGUACGGGCGGCAAGGAAAAUCGCCCCGGACGGUGGCUGGGGCUGGGUGGCCACUUUUGGCGUUAGUUUGGUUAACUUGGCCACGCGGUCGAUCGAGCCCUCGUUUGGGUUGCUGUUUGGCGAUUUGCUGAGCGACUUACAGGUUGGCACUACCGGGGCGGCCAUCAUCAUCAGCACCCUGGACGUGAUGAUGAACUUCUCCGGGCUGUUUGUUGGGCCACUGCUGAAGGAGUUCUCCUACCGGAAGGUGGCCAUCGCCGGAGCACUGCUUUGCUUUCUUGGGCUCGCGCUUACCUCACCCGCGACCAGUAUGGCGCACAUUUUGGCCACCUACAGUGUGAUUAACGGUAUUGGCGUUGGAUUGGCCACGUCAGCCGCCUUCGUAGCGCUGAACCACUAUUUCGCCCGCAAGCGGGGCCAAGCGGUGGGUCUAUCGAUGGCCGGUACGGCACUCGGUAUGCUGAUAAUGCCCCAGCUGGUGCGUUAUCUGCUCGAAACAUACGACUUCCGGGGGGCCGUUCUACUGCUCAGUGGUCUGGCGUUGCAUGCCGCCGUCGGAGCGACCCUGUUGCAGCCUAUCAAGUGGCACCUGGUCGAGGAGGAAGUUGACGUCGAGAUGGUAGAGUUGGAGGCUCCGCAGAUGGGCAUUAUUCUGGAACAGGAGGACGAUGGCGAUAAUGAUAGUCUGCCGGAGAUUAAAACGCUGCUGUUUCCCAGGCGGGACAGAAAGCUUUCGGAGAAUGCAGCAUCGCCGCAGCCGAAUGCAAUGCCGAGGAGGCCAACGUUUCCGAGGAUCAGUUCCAGCGUUAGUGUGCAGAAUGGGGUAGGACUGGGUAUGAGAACGAGGCCUUCGUUUCCACGGAUAACAUCGACCGCCAGCAUGAGCUUGGCAUUGAGAAAACGGCGCGAAUCUGUUGUUUCGCAGCUUUCGACUAUGGACUUUACCGGUAGUGGGAGCUGUAUGCACAUUCAUGUUGAUACAGGCGACGUCGAUGCGGAGGACGUCGAUUAUCAGAUCAUCCGGCGGGUGAACACGCACGUGGGAGUUUCAACGAUGAAUUCUUUCGCGCGCGUUCCACGAGCGCCUAAACGAAUCGAAACCGUCAAAUCGGAGCUGGGGCUGGAGAUGAUCAAACCGAAGGUGUCUUUUUUGCAGCGCUUUACCGCCCUGAUGGACGUCGGACUGCUGCGUGAUCUGACCUAUUUGAACAUUCUUUUUGGGCUUUCGAUUUUUUACGUUGCCGAGAUGAACUUCAAGAUGGUGACACCGUUCUUUUUGGCCAGCCUGGGCUUCAAUAAGAGUGAAACGGCGUUCUUCCUUUCGGUGUCAGCCCUGACGGACAUUGCGGCGCGUGUUAUCGUGCCACCGAUCGGGGACAAGUUGAGAAUUCGGAAGCGUCUGUUGUUUAUGGUUUCGUUGGUUUUCGUGGCCAUAACACGGUCCGUCGUUGCCGAACAGCGAGGCUACACGGAACUGAUGGUGUGGCUCUCGAUUACCGGUUUCUUCCGUGGGAUUGCGUUGGCCAAUUUCACUCUGUGCGUGUCGGAGUACUCAUCGCUGGAGAAGCUACCGGCUGCCUUCGGGUGGCACAUGGUCGGCAAGGGUGUGUUUGUGAUCGCGUUUGGGCCCCUGAUCGGAGCCAUCCGGGAUUGGACCGACAGUUUUCCGAUCUGCAUUCACGCUCAAUCGGUGUGCAUCUUUAUGUGUGUGUUUGCCUGGCUGGUUGAGUUUGCAGUGAAGCGACUGCGCACCAAGAAAGUGGUGGAAGCGAAUCCGAGCGUUGCUGCGUAGGAACUGGCCAAUCCAGUCGAUAUUUUCGGGCAGGCUCGUAAUUAUAUUAUGUACGAGGAAUCAAAUUUGUCCUGUAGGUAGUGUGACCCUUACGGUUAUCAUGUAAGCAUAAGACUGCGAUAUAUAUAUUUAGAGUCGUGUUUUUAAAUGGAAUAAACUGAACGCCGAUAUUGGAGAACAAUUUUGAUUAGUUGUUAGUACUUACUUAAAACAUUUCGUAGGAUUUCUUAAUUUUGUGUCAUUUAGCAGUCACACCACUAGGUUUAGCACAGUACAUAAAUAAAUUAGUUACAUGCACCUUAUCUUAAUAUUUCUUCGGCUUAGUUAAGUUUCAAGUAUCAGCACACAGUAUUAGGACGAAAAAUGAUGAUUAGCUUAGUGAAUGAGCUGUGAGUUUGCCUUUAUUUUAGCUGUGCCUUCGCGCAACCGAUGAAAUGUUGAGCCUUAUAGAGUUCAAGCUCGAAUUGGAGAAAGUAUGAAAGACAGUCGGCUGGAGUCGAAUUUUACUACAAAGUUUACAGAUAAAUUAAGUAGAAAGUAGAAUUGUUCGAUCGUUCGUCUAGGCCAUAGGGUAAAUAAAUUGUGCUGGGAGAAUCUCGAUUAUUCUCAAAAACCUAAA